CUUUAUCUUGCUUGGUGAAGGUGACCCUUUCCAAUCUCCCCCUUUCUCUCUCUUUUUUCUUCUCUCCAUUUUCGUUAACCAUCAUGAGUCUUCUUCGUACUCUCUUCUCCAACAAGAACACCCUCUAUACCUUGGUUCUCCAUUCUCCACCUGUCAGCCAUCUCAUUUCCACAGUAGAAUACGCCUGAGACUCUGAAUUCUGACUAUUUACGUCAGCACAGAAAUUAGCUGGCUCUGCUUAUCUUUCUCAGUUUCUCUGUAUCCAACACUGCUUUUCAAACCCCCAUUAAAUCCAGACCUACUGCCACACUGUCCCUGUCUUCCAUUCACUUGUAUAAAAUGCAGAUCUCCAGAGACCAUGAUGACAAUCCAUGCCUAAAACAACAACAACAACUACCCCUUCGCUCUCUUCAUUUGGGUCUCAAGGACCACACUAUUGUACCCCAUCAUCCACAAACCCCAGUAUCCCACCAAAAUAGUCCCUCCUCCGCCAUGUUGGCCUAUCUCUUGUCCCCAACCAUGACCCCAGGACUCAUGUCCGGGGACUACAUUGGGAUGGAGAGCUGCGUCGACGUCCUCAGGGAUGAAGACGAAUCACACUGCGAUUACAAACAACAAAACUGCUACAACCAAAAGGUGCAAGACAAGAGAGAGGAGAAGAGACUGGCGAUGAUGAAGAGGAAGGAGCUUCCUCCUCCGAUUCCGAUGCUGGCGCGCACGGAGAAUCUCCCCUCCCACAUGCCGUGGGUUUUGAAGAGGCAUUACACGACCGAUGGAAGGUUGAUUUUGACAGAGGAGAAGGUCAGGCAUCAUGAGUAUUUUAGGGCGCACAGAUCCAACGGCCGACUGACCUUGCAGCUCGUUCCUCUUGAUGACGAGUUGUUGGCCUCGCCUCUCACGGCCAAUCAGAAGGACAAUAUGGAUGAGGCAAAUGCUCAUGAUGACGACGACAACGAGGAGAAUGAAGAGGAUGAUUAUGAUAGGUAUGAUGAUGGAUGUGGUGAGGAUGAGGAAGAGGAAGAGGAAGAGGAGGAGAAAGAGAAAGAGGAGGAGGAGGAUGAACAUGAUGAUGGGGUUGAUGAUUUGCAGCACCAUGAUGGUGUGCCUGAAGAGCCAAUUUCGACAGGAAAGUGUUUCAAUUUCAACAGUGUGGGAACAGGUUCCCCGUGUAUUUUCGGGGUGCCAGUGCCGGCGAUCAGGCAAGUUCAUAGUUGAGAGAUGUCCAAUUUUAUGUGAUAGAUAGCAAGGAGGAGUCUAUUAGAAGUUGUACUAGAGCUAUCACUUUUUAUUUCAGUAGGUCUCGUGACAAAUCAUGUCCAUGCUUCAAGGGUUUUAUCGUUUUUUAAAGCUUUAGUUGUCUUUGGUUUUCCAAUUCUCUCGUGUGGUUAUCAAUGCCAUGACAGAUUGAUAGGGAUGAGGAGUGUGUAGGUUGUUUAAUUUGCAACAGCUCGAAUGAGGAAAUUUGUUCAUUUUUUAUUGGUUUAUAUCGUUGGUGCUUCUCUUUUUUUCCUUUUGAAGAGAUCUUAUGAGAAUUUUGCUUUCAUAUUUCUUGGUAGAGAAAA